AUGGUAUCUGAACCGAAGAAGCCCAAGGGCAUCCUCAAGGAGCGCAGGGACCCCGCCCCACCAGCGUCAUCCUCGACCCCACCAAAGACCAAAGCCGAGUUUGAGCGAAUCGCCCUGCAGCACGCGAGGAUCAUAGAACAGCGGAAGGAGAUCCAGACGGACGUGUUCGAGGCCAUCGACGCGCUAACCGAGUUUCCCCCGGCCCACAACGGCGGAGCCGUCUUCCCAGCCUCUCGCCCCGCGCCGGCCGACGUGGCGCGGUUCGUGGAGCUGGUCCGCCUCUUCCAGCCGGGCGACUACGACGACCUGAUCGAGGAGCGCAACAUCCUGGGCCGGUGCGGCUACGCGCUGUGCCCGAACCCGCGGCGCGCCCUCCCCGGCGGCGGCGAGUUCCGGUUCGUGAACAAGAACAGGGACGACUUCGGCAUCGUCCGCCGCGCCGAGCUGGAGCGGUGGUGCGCCGAUCAGUGCGCCCGCAGGGCCCUGUACAUCAAGGUGCAGCUCAACGAGACGCCGGCGUGGGAGCGCGUAGGCCUGCCCAACCUACACAUCGAGCUACUGGAGGAGGACCGGGCCGAGAGUGACCCCGACGCAGAACUUGCGCGAGAUCUGAGCCGGCUGAAGCUGGAGCAGGAUCGAAAGGCCGCCGAGGACUCGGCUGCGCUCGCGCUGGAGCGCGGCGAUGCGGCCAAACCGUCCCCGCGCAGGCCCUUGAAGGUCACGAUCCGGGAGAAGACUGUGACCACGGAGGCAACACCGCCAGAGAUACAGUCGUCCGCGCCAGACCAGGACGGCCACUUGAUUCUCGAGGGUCAUAAGACGCAAUUUGGACAAUGA